ACUCCCGGCAGACGCAGCCCCGCGGCAGGACCCAGAGGCUGGCCCGGGUCUCCCGCAGAGCUUGACCCGCCUGGCUUCCCGAGCCUAUGCCCCACGCCGCGGCGCAUCAGGCCGCUCCCAUGGCAACUCACAGGUGCACACAUCUUGACCGACUCAACAGGAAAGUGGAUUUUUCUUUGUGUUUAAAGAAAAACAAAAAAAUGUCCCUGUGUCUGUAGAGAUGAUUUGCAGUUCAGCCCGGCUGAAGCUGACCGAAUGAGACUAUGGGCUGUGCCUCCGCCAAGCAUGUUGCCACUGUUCAAAAUGAAGAGGAAGCCCAGAAAGGGAAAAACUACCAGAACGGAGAUGUGUUUGGCGAUGAGUAUAGGAUCAAACCAGUGGAAGAGGUCAAAUACAUGAAAAAUGGAGCAGAAGAUGAGCAGAAAAUAGCAGCCAGGAACCAAGAAAACUUGGAAAAAAGUGCCAGUUCAAAUGUAAGACUUAAAACUAAUAAAGAGAUUCCGGGAUUAGUUCAUCAACCCAGAGCAAACAUGCAUAUCUCUGAAAGCCAACAAGAAUUCUUCAGAAUGCUGGAUGAAAAAAUUGAAAAGGGUCGAGAUUACUGUUCCGAAGAAGAGGAUGUCACAUAGCGCCAAUUCCACCACUCAAACCAGGAACUGCUACUGUGUAAAUAGGUUACACCCCCCCAGUUGAAAUCUUUGCAAAAGUUGGUUCUCUUCAGCGAACAGCACUAUAACAAAAGAAGAUCGUUCCAUAUCGUAUGCCCCAUUCAAUUACAGUGUUUCUUAACGAACUUGCAAAAGGAAUCUUGCUAAAAACAAACAAAAAACUGUUAUCGAACUUUCUUUGUUGCUGCUAGUUAACACUUGUUGCAACUUUUCACUUCUCUUGUGUCCAGGUAUGCAGCAAACUUCUGCAGUUUCACCUUAAAGAUACUGUUGGUUUUACAGAUGCUCUCCAACCUAUUUUCUAUAAGAUGAGGUAGUGGUGAACUCAGAUAUCGAACUUCUAUUCUAAGAUGGUUCCACUUCUUAGACAAGUGUCUCUUUCCCUGUCUCCUUCCUCCCCAUCUCUCCCGAGCAGUCCAGAGACGGACUGAGCCUUGCUUCUCACUGGCAAUGCUGAGCUUUGGACAUGGGAUGGUGGCUAUGGCAAGCCUUGUUUCUCUGCUGAGAAGAAGUAGAGAAGCUAUUAUUGAUUAAAAGCAUGUUGUGACGUGACUCCUGGAAGUGACCCAGGAGCGAGCGGCAGGUUGUUUCAUAUAAUAGUAUCUUAACCAAGGAUUAAGCUUGCAACAUUGGCUUUGCUCAGAUGCUAAUGGAAGUGUGAUCACAAUCACUUUGAAUCCCUCUUCCCCACUUUUUUUUCUAAGAAAAUAAACAUUUUACUGUUUUUAUG